CGUUCCUAAGGCUAAAAUAUGCUAUACCUGCUACAGAGUAGGUCAUAUUGGACGCGAUUACAAGAGCUCGCGGCCUCGUUGCUUGUUUUGCGGAUCUUCGUGCGAGGAAGACCACUCAUGUCCAGCCGACAAAUCGCGGGCUACGUGCAUCAACUGUGGGGGAGAGCAUCUAGAAACCUCACACACCUUCAUCAUCAAACACAAAUCUGUUAUUAAUCUUGCGGCUCAGGAAAACAUCCCUCUCAUAGAGGCUCGCAGAAUUGUCUCAUCUCAUCUUUCUUCUUCCCCCACAUCACAAGACAUAAGCACUGAUUUUAAGAACUAUCCCUACUUGCCAUCCAAAUCUAGUUCUCCCAGCUGGAACACUUUCAAACACUCUCCUCAGAAGACAGCCUCACCACUAUUAAAUAGAUUUCAGUACCUGCAACAUGAGGACGAUGGAAAUCAUAACCAUUAAGUAAGCUAUGCGGACAUGGCUGCAUCUAAUAGGAAUACGCAGGUUAAUCCGACAUCAUCAACUCCUAAAACCGGAAAACCAACAAUUCGCAGCAAUGAAUCCUUCAACGGCAGAUAUAAAAUCAGUUGAUCAGCUGAUUCGGAACAAUCGCCCUUCAAUGCCCACAAGAAUAACCACACAGAUAUCCUAGGAUACUUUCAGGAGCACUACAACAUACUCAACGCUCCCAAUGGCCGUUAUGGACCAAAUAUUGAACCUGAGCCUCGACCCUUGCUUGACAACGCAUCAAAGGAAUCGCCGACUUUCUCGUCAACCGGUAAUCUCCUUGGAGGAGACGCAGACCAUCUGAGGAAUACAACGCGAUCGCUACUUCCGGAAAAAGUACACCUUCCUAGAACGGUGCCGGCGCCCAGUGAAAGAAAACAUCCUCCUUGGUGGACGGAGGAGUGCUCCAAGGCCAUUCGGAAAGAAGAAACGCUGCCAAGACAUAUCAACGGUGCCCCACCCUGAAGAACUUUCUGGCUUUUAAAAAGGCCAGGGCUGCAUGCUCCAAGAAACUUUAUAGAACAAAACAGAAACAAUGGAAAAAAUUUGUCGACUCUUUCGACAGUAAGACUCCUACGGCUGACAUCUGGCAUUUAAUUAAGACUUUUAAGAGACGCAACAUGGCUGAUUUUAGUAAGUUGAUUCCAGAUCACGAGCAACAAUGCGGUCUUCUAUCCGAGGCAAAGAACAAGAUCUGUCCUCCUUUCUGCCCUCCAAAAUUCAACAUCAGCUUGGAAUCUAUGAUAGCGGAGGACCUCCACCAACAAGAGAGAAUUUUUGGUACUUUGGGGGAUUCCUUUACCAGGGAGGAACUAAACCUUGCUUUAACUCAAGCUAAUAAAAAGUCGGCACCAGGGCUCGACCAAAUCAGUUACGUUAUGCUGGCUUCUCUCCCUGACAAGUACCGAGAAUUCCUUCUGGAUAUAUUCAAUCGGCUUUUUAAAGAAGGAAUCGUACCAAAUUCAUGGAAGACUUCACUAGUCAUUUUCAUUCCGAAACCUAAUAACGUGGGCCUGAGACCUAUUUCGCUUCUCUCUUGCGUUCUUAAGACCUUUGAGAAGAUUGUAUAUUACAGGCUCCAAUGGCUGGUAGAAUCGCAGACAUUACUACCCCAAGAACAAAUGGGCUUCAGGCCUAAUAGAUCCUGCUCUGACAGUCUGGUCACUCUUACCAACAAAAUACAAGCCAGCUUUCUGAAUGGGGAGGCCGUUGCUGCGGCUUUUCUGGAUAUAACGGGAGCGUUUGAUAACGUGCUGCCACUAUCGGUACUAACGGAACUCAGAAGAAUUGGAGUCUCUGCCAAGGUUCGCAAAUUUGUCGAAAAUACCAUCACUCACAGAUCAGUCCACUUUGUUGAGGAGGGCCAACUCAGCCAGAAGUUUGAAACUAACAAAGGUACCCCCCAGGGCUCUACACUCAGCCCGCUUCUUUUCAAUAUCAGUGUCAGAGAACUGGACCUUCAUCUUCACCCUAAUACCCAAUUUUUACAAUAUGCGGACGACAUAGUUAUUUACUCUUCCUCUGGACAAGCUGGGGAAGCUGUUGAGAGCAUACAAUCAUCACUUGACAUCAUGUGCCAUUAUCUAAGAGAGAGGGGCCUGGAAUUGUCGCCGUCCAAGACCAAGUGGAUUUUAUUCUCCGGAAGGAGCUACAGAGGUGGUAAUACCGCGGUCCUCGAACUCUACAUCGAUGCUCAGUUGGUGGAGAAAGUUACUUGCACGAGGUUUUUAGGAAUUACGCUUGACUCCAAGCUCUACGGUAUGGAUCACUUCAAACAAGUUAUCAAGAAGGAUUGGUCAAUUAUUAAUAUUCUGUCUUCCCUCGCAGCAGUGUGGUGGGGAUUCCACUCUCAGUCGUUAAUUACAAUUUAUCGAGCGGUUUUCAGAGGCUCCAUCGAAUACGGGGCGCAAAUAUUUGUAAUGAAUAAUAAUAAAUCUUUAUUAUUACAAUUGGAAAGACUACAACAUAAGGCUUUGAGGAUUGCCUUAGGUUACAGACAAUCGACCCCUAUUAAUGUCAUCCUAUUUGAGGCUAGGGAACCUCCUCUAAGACUUAGGUUUGCUCAUAUGUCUAAAAGAUAUACUCUCAAAUCAAUCAAUAGAAGGGGCAGUGUGGUUGUACGCAGCCUGUGUUCUCUGGAACUCGCGGCUGUAACAACCCGGGAGAAAUCUUACGCUCUCUCGGCAUCACCGUCUUUCAGGUUUCACAUCACCAACAGUCAUAUGAUAGAUAAGUCAUUCCAGUCUACCAUGCAUCCAGCCUUUGAAACGUCAUACCAUGAUUUUAUUUCACGUUUCAAAUAUUUGCAGCCUGUCUCCGACAACAAGGAUAAAUCAGAUGAGGUAAUUAAACAGGAAUUUUUGGAAAAUACAUCAAAACUGAGAAACUCGGCAAUUACCUUUUAUACCGAUGGAUCGAAGCUGGAUGAACAAGGCUCUGCAGGAGCCACCUACUCUCCAGAACUUGAAGUGAGCUUUAGAUACAAACUAACUUCGGAUAUAACGGUUUUCACGGCUGAGGCCUGGGCGAUUUUUCAGACCCUUCUUCUCAUUCAGGAUGCAGGAUACACAAAGGCUAUAAUUUUUUCUGACUCCAAAAGUGUCUUAGAAUCGAUCAACUCCUGCAAACUUAUCAACAAUAAUUAUGUCAUUCACUGGAUUAAGCGUCUUUUACGGUCUUCUUCGUUAAGGGGCAUUGAGGUCUCUCUGGUUUGGAUUCCCGCACACCGGGGGAUCCGUGGUAACGAGAUUGCGGAUGCAGCUGCCAAGGAGGCCACUGCGGAGGAUUUCAGGGACAACUUUAGACUUCCCUCAUCGGACCUGGCUCUUAUUGCUGACAGGAGGGCGUCGGAACGCUUUGCUGGCUAUUUCGAGGGAGCCUCCACACGCACUGGCAUACAAUACGCCAGUCUCUAUUCUGAUCACUAUGGAAAAACUUGGUUCCAACGUAUGACUCUCAAUAGACAAGAAAUUGUUUUAAUCAACAGAUUGAGAGCAAACCAUUACAAUUUAAAUUACAGCUUACACAAAAAGAACAUGGUGGAUUCGCCUGCGUGUACGUGUGGAAACCCUAGACAAGAUAUUAAUCAUGUCAUCUUCCAUUGUCCUCUAUUUCGCGGCAGAUUUGCACUCUUGAAUAAAUACUUAAUGAAAAAUCUUCCUCAUCAUUCGCGGAAUAUAUAG